UUCAGAUGCGCCACUCUUACUAUACCCUUGCUCUGCAGACUGGACCAUGACUCUUGUCCCCGACUGAUAGAGAUUCCGGCAAGAAGGAAAAUUAGGAGGAGAACAAGGGAAUCCAUAGGAGACGGGAAGCGAUCAGCGGCAGCGAUGGUAACGCGGUGGCGAGUCUGCUGGCUCUCAGCCGCGAUUCUGCUCAGCUUGACAGCACUGGUCUCAGGCCAAUGUCCAGCGCCAAUGCUGAAUAAGUUCUCCUACGGCGACAUUCAGCCUGAUGUUUCCGGCUCACUGUUCUCCGUCGGAUCUGUUCUGAAGGUUCAGUGCGUACCAGGCUUCAAGUCGGUCGGUUUCACCACCUUCAACUGUCAGUCCAACGGCAAAUGGUCCCCGGUCGCCUUCCCGACUUGCAGCGUCCUGUUCUGCGGUAAACCGUCUGGCACGCUAACGAAUGGCUACUUCACUGGCCGCUACGAGUUCAACAGCACCAUCACAUACACAUGUGAUCCCGGGUAUACGCUUGUCGGAGCUGUGGAGCGCCAUUGCAGAGCCAACCAGACGUGGAGCGGCACGACUCCAACCUGCAGAAAGACCGUAUGUCCAUCAUCAAGCUGGGUACCGUACGCUGGCAACUGCUACUACUUCGGCAACGAGUCACUGGCGUACAGCGCCGCUCGUGCCAAAUGCCAGGCAACACCGGGUGCCGAUCUCGUCUCCAUUCUUACCAAUGCCGAAGCGGACUUUAUUACGUCUAAUUUGCAACAGCAGAACUACACUGUCGAGAGGCAGCUGUGGAUUGGACUUACAGACACGGAUGACGAUGGCGGGUAUGAGUGGUACGAGACCAAUGCCGUCCUGGACUUUGCCAACUGGGACUGUGGCCAGCCAGGCUCGGGUAGUUCUGCAUACAACUGCGGUACCGUCUAUGCUGGAUCCUCCAAGGUUGGAAGGUGGGGCGACAGCUCUUGUUCCGGUGCAAUCGGCGGCUAUAUUUGCAAGUAUGGAACAGCACCUGUGGUACGUUUGGUGCGUAGCGACUGUCCAUAUGGGUGGUACGCCCUUGAGAACAAGUGCUUCAAGUUCGAGAUGACAGCCCCGGCGCAAAACUGGGCUGAUGCCAACAAGAUGUGCAAGUCCAAGUACAACGGGACUCUGAUGAGCGCCAGCGAUCCUAAACAGAUGGCACUCUUCUUGACCUACAUCAAUCAGUUCUACCCUCUCACCAGCAAGGCAGUGUGGAUGGGACUGCGCCAGGUGCAGAACGAACACAGUCCAUGGACAUGGACCGAUCUGACUUGUAGCAAGUACGCCAACUGGGGAUGCGGUGAACCCAACAACGCCGGAUGGCAGGGUGAAGACUGCAUGUCGGUUGGCUUCGGCAAGACGAACAGAAAUGCCGGCCGAUGGAACGAUGCCAACUGCAAUGACAGAAAGCAAUAUGCUUGCGAGAUUCCCUUCUCCUUCAAGACUUUGUCAAGUGUGUCCAACCCAACGUGUGAUGAAACCGGCAUCAAAUGCCCAGCGGGCUGGUUGCAAAACGGCCGAAGUUGCUACUACAUUGAGACAAAUGACAGAGAAAACUGGCCCGGAGCUGUGAAUCGUUGCAACGCAAAGAAUGGUGCUUCUCUGCUCAGUAUCAGCGAUCCCAAUGAACAAGCGUUCAUCACGAGUGCCGUCACAAAUCUAGGACUGACGAGUGAGAAAAAGCUUUGGAUUGGUAUGAACAAGGACGUCUCCUAUUCUCGAUUCACCUGGCCCGACGGUACUGUGGCACUGUAUCGCAACUGGGACUGUGAAUUCAUCAAAGGUAGUAGCUCAUGGUCUCGCAGCUGUGCCUACCUGUUUGCUGGAGCCCGCGCGUCUGGACGUCGUGAUGGCUACUGGGGCGCAGACUACUGCUCCUCGUGGAGCUCAUCGUACAACAAGGACGGCUACAUCUGUGAAUCAACAAUCCCACAGGCAGUUGCUCCCAAGUUCAAUCAGGGCAUUUGCGAGUCUGGCUGGAUCCAGAGUGGCCGCACCUGCUUGUACCCUGCGACAAAAAGCUCCGACAAGCUAGGCUGGUUCAGCGCCAGAGCUGAGUGUCAGAAGCUCGGUGGAGACCUGGCUAUUACCAAGACGAAGGAGGAGAACGCCUUUGUCCUGGACUAUAUUGCAGCCAACGAGCCCACGUUCGACCAGCCUAUUUGGAUCGGUCUCUUUGUCCAGUACCCCGCUGGCACGGCAAACAACCAGACAUUCUACUGGGUGGACAACAGCACGCUGACGUCCUACCCAUACCGCCAUUGGGGCUGCGGUGAGCCGAACAACUACGGGGGCAAAGAGCACUGCGGUGUAAUAGGAAUUGGCCCUGGCAAUGAGAUGUCGUCAUUGUGGAAUGACGACGGAUGUGACAAGAAGUUCAAUUACCUAUGCAGCAAAGCAGCACCGAAAGUGAGUCCUUGCAAAGAUGGCUGGCUAUGGAACAAGGAGAGCAGCAGCUGCUACUAUGUGGAGACAAACCGUACUGUUAACUUCACCACUGCAAUGAGUGAUUGCGCUGCUAUGGGUGCUAUGAUGGUCACGGUACUGGACGCUACUGAGCAGAACUUUCUGACCAGCUCACUGCUGAAGAUGAACAUCCCUCCGGGCAUGAACCUGUGGAUUGGCUUGAACGACUCCGAUGCCAACAAGGUGUAUGCUUGGAAUGACGGUACUCGACCAUUCUAUAACAACUUCCAGUGUGGCCAGCCUGGCAAUGGAGGUGUACGUGCGUGUGCCACAAUGUAUGCGGGAGGAAAAGACACAGGCCUGUGGAUUGACUUUGACUGCGGCACAAACCUGGGCUAUAUCUGCAAGACUCCUGGACCAGGCCUCAAACAACUGUACCCGCUUGUGAAAGGAAAGUGCCCUACUGGCUGGUACCAGUACCGCAAUGAGUGCUACUGGUUUGAGUUCACUCAGCAAAAGAGCUACACAUCGGCUCAAACAGACUGCAAGACACUGAACUCAAAUGCCACACUUGCCAUAAUCCCAGACGAUGGGGUUCUGGACUUUUUCCUGCACUACAUGUACCAGACUUACCCAACAUCAAGCAAGAACAUGUACGUUGGCCUGCGGAAGGCAAGAGAUUUCAGUGCGUUUGAAUGGGAAGACGGUAGCUGCAACAAGUACACUCGCUGGGGAUGUGGAGAGCCAAACAACUGGGGAAAUGGCGAGAACUGUGGUGUGUUCGGCGUGGGAGACACCAACCACAAUUCGGCCAAGAUCAACGACGAUGGCUGCAACAAGAACCAGCACUUUGUGUGUCAGAUGCCCGUUCCCGGAACAACAGUUCCGCCACCUCAAUGUAAUGUUCAACCAUGUGAACCAGGCUGGGCCUACUACCGUGGCAGCUGUUACUACAUCAACGUUGGCACGGGAACGGUCAACUUUGAUGAUGCCAGCAACUGGUGCCUGGCAAACCGUGCAGAACUGGCAUCAGUGACGGACAAUGACGUCAACGACUUCCUUGCCACUCAGCUGAGAUCCUACCGGCUGAAAUCCGGAUCCUCACUUUGGAUUGGCUGGAGGCGGGACGAGAGCACUUGGCCAGAUGGCACGCGUACCCUGUUCCGUAACUGGGAGUGUGGCUUUGCAGCAUCGGCCUCGCAGUGGAGCAGGAACUGUGGUUUCAUGUUUGGCGGUGGCAGCUCAACUGUGCUCGGCAAGUGGGGCUAUGAUAAUUGUUAUAGCUGGAUCAAGAAGGACGGUUACAUCUGCCAGCGCCGCACACCAAAAACGAAGGCUAUUGAUUACUAUCCCAAAUCCACCCAGGGUGUGUGUGAGAAGGGCUGGGUUGAGAUGGGCAACAUGUGCUACCUCUUCAAGUAUGCUACCACCGACAAGACCAACCACGCUGGCGCUCUUCGUAACUGUAUCGCCCAGGGUGGCCUUCUCGCUAGUCUGAGUACCAAGGCACAGAACACCAUGUUCAUGAAGUAUAUGAUGAGUCAGCAGUCCACAUUCCAGAAUCCUAUCUGGUUUGGCCUGUACCAGAAGACGCCGACUGAUCCGUUCCGCUGGGAGGAUGGCAGCAAGCUGACAUACACAAACUGGGGUUGCGGAGAGCCAAACAAUUACGGUGGCUCAGAGGACUGCGGUCUGAUCUCCAUGGGCACUGGAUCCUUCCUGUCGUCCAUGUGGAAUGAUGACCGGUGUUCAUCCUCAUACAACUAUUUCUGCCAGAAGGCUAAACCUUCCACUCACCCAUGCCCGCCAGGCUUCUUCCAGAAUCACGGCAGUUGCUAUUACUUCGCACUGAACGCCAAGGUAACCCGUGCUGCAGCGCAGACCGCCUGCGUUGGUCUCAAAUCCAACCUUGUAACGAUCCGCGACCGCGUGGAGCAGUACUUCCUGGAGUCGAUCGUAGGCAACCUGGGUUCACAGUACAUCAGCACACCUCAGCGCUACUGGAUUGGGCUCGGGGACAGUGAUUCCGACAAUAUCUACACAUGGAUGGACGGUUCCAAUGCCUUCUACAAGAACUGGAAGUGCGGCUCGCCCUCUUCCGGUGGCCGAAUGGCCUGUGUCACGAUGGAGAAUUCGAACACAUCAACUACCGGAAGGUGGGAUGAUUCCGACUGCAGUACAACUCAAAAUGGUUACAUUUGCGAAACGUACAUCAGCGGCAGCGAGCAAUAUCUUUCCACUGUACAAGGUGGCUGCGGUGCGGGAUGGGAUGAAAACGAUGGUAUGUGCUAUCAGUUCAACAUGGAGACGGCCGACAAGUCCACGUACAAGGAAGCCGACAAGCAGUGUACCAACACCAAUUCACAGCUGCUGACCGUACACAACGAUAACACACACCAGUUCAUCACGCACUACAUCACGCAGAAGAAGAGCAGCUUCGAUGGUGCAGUAUGGCUGUCUUUGACCAAGCUGCAAGGUAAUCGUUACAGUGCUUUCCACUGGAAGGAUGGCAAGUGUCUCAACUAUCAGCAAUGGGGUUGCAAUGAGCCCAACGACUAUGGCUCUGGUGAGAACUGCGGUGUUAUCGGAAUCGGUGGCCCCAACGAUAAUAGUGGUACCUGGAACGAUGAUGGUUGCAGCAAGUCCUUCAACUACAUCUGCGAAAAGCCAAUGCCAGUCAAUACCACCGGACUAAACACCUCAGUAGUAUUACCUCCACCUCCAACAGGGCCUCCAUCUCCUACUUGCUCAUACUCUGUUCAGUGUCCGGCUGGUUGGAUGAAGUACGGCGAGAGCUGUUUCUGGGCGACAACCAACACCAAGGUGUCCUUUAGCACUGCCGCAAAGGAUUGUCAGCUCCGGGGUGGUUCUCUGGUUAGUGCUGCUGAUGCUACACAACAAACUCUGUUGCGUACGUUCAUGAGCAAGUUGAAUGUUACCGGCAGCAAGAAGCUGUGGAUCGGCUUGAACGACUACGACUACAGCGGCAGUUACAUCUGGCCCGACGGCUCGCCGGGCUUCUACCGCUACUGGAACUGCAGCAAGCGUGGCAGUGGCAAGUGCAUCUACGCUGACUCCAGCACUGGCCGAUGGGGUCGCACGUUCUGCAGCUCGACUUCCAACGACGGCUAUGUUUGCCAGUGGUCUACUGCAAAGAAACAAUUCACACCACAGACAUUCGAACAGGGAAUCUGUCCAUCUGGCUGGUACCAGCGCAAUCACCUCUGCUAUAAGUUCGAGACGACAAAGAAGGCCAACCAUGCUGGUGCACUCGCGGCUUGUAGAGCCAUCAACGGUACCCUGGUGACUGUGGAUAGCUCUACUGUACAGAGCUACAUAAACCAUUACUUCUUGCAGAAAGAGCCAACAUACAACGACGCAGCCUGGAUUGGCGUUCACCAGGCCACACGUCAUGCACCAUGGUUGUGGGCGGAUGGCUCCAACACAAGCUCCUACACCAACUGGGGAUGCGGAGAACCCAAUGAUGCCGGUGGCAGUGGAGAAGACUGCGGAAUUGUCGGCUAUGGCGAGAAUAACGACAACUCUGGACUCUGGAAUGAUGAUUCAUGUACCAACAAGCAAGCAAACUACAUCUGCCAGCAGCCAGUGCCACAACUGACUCCUUGCUUCUACGGUUGGGAGUACAACGCGGCGUCUGACGCGUGUGUAAUGAUCAACUCCAUGCAGAAUCUCACCUUCUCGCAAGCGGAGACGAUGUGCAAGACAGCUUGGCCCGGUGCUGAUCUAGCCUCUAUUGAAGAUCCGCAGGAGAAUGAUUUCGUCGUUGGCCUCAUCAAGGCCAAGAAGCUGCCGACCAACUCUCAGCUGUGGAUAGGCCUGACAGACACGGACAAGGACAGAUACUACACCUGGCAGAACGGGCAGCGCAAUCAGUUCAGCAACUUUGACUGCGACAUCAGCUGGUGGAGGGGCCGCAAACCGUGCGUCUAUGCCAACGAGAUGGGUGUCUGGACCCCGCAGGACUGCAGCUCGAAAACGACUGGAUCCAUCUGCAAAUACAGCGUUCCCAAGGCUGAUAAGACUGACAUGUACAAACUCGAUCAGGGUAAUUGCAACGCGGGCUACUACGAAUUCCGUGGACUAUGCUGGUUGUUCCAGGACACGAACGUGUACGACUUUGACACGUCUCAGACAGACUGCAUGUCCAAGGGAGGUAACCUGGCUGCGAUCCGUGACGCGUACGAUUCCAGUUUCAUUGUGCGCUAUCGGGCUGAGAAGUUUCCUCUGAACAAGCACACACAGGUAACCAUUGGCUACAAGAAGAGCUCAAACCUGUUUGGCCAGUUCCGCUGGCAAGACAAAUCCUGCCCGAACUACAACAGCUGGGGCUGUGGCGAGCCAAACAAUGCUGGUAGCAAUGGAGAGCCGUGCGCCCAGUAUCAGUUUGGUGGUGAAACAGGUUCGGUCGGCUUCACUGGGAAGUGGAAUGAUUACGACUGCAAGGCCAAGACGAACUACAUCUGCCAAGUGCCGCUGCCCAACAUCACCACACCAUCUACUCUCUGCGCAGCCAUCAAGUGCCAGCCAGGUUGGGUGUCCUGGAGAGGCAACUGCUACAAAUUUGUCGCCAACGACUCAGCAAACUGGCCUUCAGCAUAUGAGAAGUGUCUGAAGAUGAACUCAGCAUUGCUUAGCAUAUCAGACUUCACAGAGGAGGCAUGGGUUACCCAACAGCUGAAGAAGUUCAAUUUCCCGGCAGAGAAAAAGCUCUGGAUCGGCUUGAAUGACCAAAAGUACCAAGUGUACCGCUGGCCAGACGAUACUACUGCAUUCUACCGUAACUGGGACUGUGAUGCGUAUGCAAACUGGGCCAAGCAGUGCGUCUACAUCUUUGCUGGUUUCCGUAAGGUGGGCACACAGCGUACCGGAAAGUGGGGCCCGGAUUCCUGUUCCAGCUGGGGUACUAGCUACAACAAAGAUGGCUACAUCUGCGAAUCAUCACCAGCCAGUGCCAUGGGCAAUGUUCCCAUUUACACCCAAGGUAAUUGCGAUCCAGGCUGGGCAUGGUUCCAAAACCGCUGCUAUUAUUUCUCCCAGGACAAGGUGGACUUCCCCACUGCGCAGGGCAAGUGCAGUGUAUUUAACGCCCGGCUUGGCGUCAUCAACACACAAGCCAAGAACAACUUUGUUGUGGACUACAUGAUCGGCAACUGGUCCGACUUCACUGGCAGUCGCUUCUGGAUUGGCCUUCACCAGGCCAAACCCACAGAUCCUUUCACUUGGGUUAACAAAACUGAGCCAGUCGUCUACACCAACUACCACUGUGGCGAGCCUAAUGACGCGGGUGGCAAAGAGGACUGCAUAGAGUUUGUUAUCUCAAACGAUUUCUCCAACUCAGCCAGCUGGAACGACGUGCAGUGUACUAGUUCAGCUCAUUACAUCUGCGACAAGGUUGCACCACCGCCAACAACCAUGCCAACCACAAUACCACCAACCACCACUGUUCCCACCACCACACCCCGACCGACUACGACAGCCAUGCCAACAACUAGAGCCCCGACCACCACCCCGGGCACUACUCAGCCACCAACCACACCGGGACCCACCACCACCAGCCCGGAGUCGAUUGCGCCAACCACCGAGUUUAUCCUCACCACAACGCCGCCAACAGAAGAACCCGGAUCCUUCGGAAAUCCUAUCCUGUGGAACUCUACGAUAUUUGAGCUAUGGUUGUUGGAACAUGGCUUCAUCAAGUACUAUCCUAAAUUACGCGCUUCUGGACGAACGGCUGGAGAGAUCAUGAAGAUGUCUAUCGCUGACCUUAGUUUCCUCAUUGAAGAUCGUGACGCGGCAGAAGCACUAAGCAACGCACUCAAGUCCGAGGUGCCGACAAUACCCGGCCAAACCAAGCCCCCAACCGAAGAGUCCGGUGGAUUAUCAUCUGGAGCCAUGGCCGCUAUCAUCGUUGUGGCGUUGGCUGUCAUUCUUGGCUUAGUGUUGCUUCUGGUGUUCGUCCGUGGACGCCGCGCUAAGGAUGGUCCGGGUGUUGGCUAUUCAAAGCAAAAUGACAGUAUCUUGGUAAAAUCUGCUGAUAUGUCUGCGACCAACCCAGCAUUCGAGAAUCCAGACUACGCCGAGGCCAUCAAGUAUGGCAACACGGUCCAGUGAGAUAUCAACGGCGGAGAGGUGCGCUGAGCACUAAUAUUUACACCGUGCACCCCUCACACCUCUGUUUUCUCUUUGGCCGUUAUGUUGGCGUUUUCCUGGGGCAACUCUUGGGCCGCGAACAUCUGCUGUAAUCUCUGCACAGGUGCUUUUCACUCAUUGUGUUUCGGUCGAGCUCUCACCCGAAUGGAUCCUUUCCGCCUUUUGCAUCGUUCGCACCUUAGCAAAUACUUUUUUUGCCAUAUCACAUUAUUCAUGUACUAGUUCUACUGAUUCUACUGUGCAUCCAUUAGACUUCUGGCUAAAUUCGUGGUACCGUGACAACUUGGCACACAUUGUUGUGAAUAGUCGUUCUAAUAUUGUGGAUUUUCUGGCCUCCUUUUUGACACGGCCUGCAUUUUGGAUCAUUUUGAAACCUUCCAAUUUAUUAGAUCCGAAGAAUA